AUGACAAACCAACUGCUCUUCCUGUGUACCAUAACCACAACCACCGCCAUAAUCCACAGCGUCAAUGCGGCCUUCUUCGUGAUAUUCGCAGCGGCCGCCUACUGGAUCUACAGCACUUGGCGCCGGCACAGUCCGCCUAGCAAAUGGCGACGUAUAGGCGUGGUGGAUCGAAUGAACAUCUAUCCGCUGAAAUCCGCAGGCCCACUCGAAUUGAAACCCGAAGAUGAAGUGACCUGUGAUCUGUUGGGUCUGCGCUUCAAUGCCGCACACGAUCGUUCAUUAAUGCUGGUCGGUGAUCAAAAUCAAAUGAUCUCCGGUCGCCAAUAUCCCAAAUUGGUUUUAGUGCAUCCCAAAAUGUUAUCGCCAACGCGUGUAGUCUUCACCGCACCCGAUAUGGAAGACCUCGAGUUGGACUACUCGCACUUGAUGGAGCAGUCACAGGGUCGUGGUGUGUACACUUCGAUUUUUGGCGCCAAAAUCAAAGCUUUACUCUGCGGUGAGCGCUACGACAAGUGGUUCUCGCAUUUCCUACUCGGACAAGAAAGUGGCAUGCGUUUGGCGUAUUAUCCGUACCGCAAGCCGGUGCGUGCCAUCAAUAUGCGCAUGAUACAUCAACCGCUGGUGACUUGCGAUGACACGGGCACCUUUAACAACGCCACCAGUUAUAUGCUCAUCAAUUUGGCCUCGGUGAAAGACCUAAACACACGCAUACCACAUCCGGCGCAUCCGUUGCAAUUCCGCGGUAGCUUUCAGUUGAGAAUGGACGAAGAAGUGGCGUACGCAGAGGAUAAUUGGAAGUGGGUGAGAAUUGGUGAAAAUACUAUCUUUCGCGUGCUCGCACCGUGUACUCGCUGUAUUUUUCCCACCACAAAUAUUUUCACCGGCGAACGUGACCAAGACGGCGAACCGCUGAAAACGCUAAACAAAUACCGACUGUGGCCUCAUCAAACUGGUCCGUCUUUGGGCAUACAAAUGGGCUUACGCCAGACUGGUAUAGUGAAAGCAGGUGAUGUCAUCUAUAUAGAAGACAUGUAGGCGGAGUAUGCGCGGGAUUUUAUUGUAUUAAAAUUGUUGUCUGAGAUCUUUCAGCAAAAAAUUUAUCAACAGCAUAAG